AUCCCUUUAAGGAGGAUGGACCUGUCAGAGCUUGGCGAGGCCGCGGCCUAUCUCAGAAGAAGUGAGGCUGAGCUGCUUCUGCUCCAGGCCACGGCCUUCGAUGGGAAGAAGAAAUGCUGGAUUCAUGAUGUGAAGAAUGCUUAUGUUGAGGCUGAGAUUAAAGGGGGUGGAGAUGAUGACAGAAUAAUUGUUGAGACAACAGAUGGAAAGAGUCUGAGUGUCAAGGAGGACGAAAUCCAGCAGAUGAAUCCCCCAGAGUUUGAAAUGAUUGAAGACAUGGCAAUGCUGACUCACCUCAAUGAAGCAUCUGUGCUGCAUGCCCUGAAGAGGCGCUAUAACCAUUGGAUGAUCUAUAUAUAUUCGGGUCUCUCCUGUGUGAGCCUCAAAAGUGGCUUCCAGUAACACAGAGCAGUGGCAGCCAUCUACAAAGGGAAGAGGCGAUCAGAGGCUCCCCCUCACAUCUUCGCUGUGGCCAAUAAUGCCUUUCAAGAUAUGCUUCACAAUCGAAAGAAUCAGUCUGUACUCUUCACCAACCAGAAUGGGGCAGGUCAAGUUAGCUGUGUCAUUGAACUGUGUCAUAUUAUCCAGUACUUUGCCACCAUAGCAACCACGGGUGAAUCCGAAGAAAAGCCAGGGACUCUACAAAAUCAAAUCAAAUGAGUGAAUCCUGUCUUGGAAGCAUUUGGAAAUGCCAGAACCCUGAGAAAUGACAACUCCUCUCGCUUUGGCCAGUUCAUCGGGAUGCACUUUUGUGCCAGAGGCAAGCUGUCAUCUGCAGACAUCGACAUCUAUUUGCUUGAAAAAUCCCGGGUUGUUUUCCAGCAGCCUGGAGAGAGGAACUACCAUAUAUUCUAUCAAAUUCUGUCUGGGAAAAAAGAACUUCAUGAUAUGCUCCUUGUGUCUGAAAAUCCCUCUGACUUUCACUUUUGCUCUCAUGGAGCAGUUGCUCUGGAGAGCUCAGAUGAUGCUGAAGAAUUGCUGGCCACAGAUCAAGCCAUGGACAUUUUGGGCUUUCUUCCUGAUGAGAAGUACGGAUCCUACAAACUCACUGGAGCCAUCCUGCACUUCAGAAACAUGAAAUUUAAACAGAAGCCCAGAGAAGAGCAAGUGGAAGCAGAUGGCACAGAAAAUGCUGACAAAGCUGAGCUGGUGAAGGGCUUGAUCCAUCCUAGAAUCAAAGUUGGUAAUGAAUAGGUUACUAGAGGCCAAAUUUAGAACAGGUAAGGUAUUUCCAGAGUGACCUAUGACGUUGGUGCCUUAUCUAAGUCAAUUUAUGAGAGGAUGUUUAAGUGGCUGGUGGCACGUAUCAACAGGGCCCUGGAUACCAAGCUGUCAAGGCACUUCUUCAUUGGCAUUCUUGACAUUGUUGGUUUUGAGAUGCUUAAUUAUAACAGCCUUGAAGAAAUUUGCAUUAAUUUUACCACUGAAAAUUUACAACAGUUCUUCAGUCAGCACAUGCUGGUUUUGAAGCAAGAGGAAAAGAGGAGAGAAGGCAUUGACUGGGUGUCCAUUGAGUUUGUCCUGGACUUGCAAGCCUGCAAAGAUCUCAUUGAGAAGCCAAUGGGCAUCUUUUCCAUCCUUGAAGAGGAAUGUAUGUUUCAUCAGGCUGCAGAUGUGACUUUCAAGACCAAACUUUCUGACAACCAUUUUGGAAAGCCAGUUCAUUUCCAGAAGCCCAAAACUGACAAUAAGAAGAAAGAUGAAGCUCACUUUGACCUUGUCCAUUGUGCAGGAGUGGUGCCUUAUAACGUCAGUGGCUGGCUUGAAAAGAACAAAGCCUUUCUUAAUGAAACAGUGGUGGCUAUAUUUCAGAAGUCGUCCAACAGACUCCUGGCAAAACUCUUUGAAAAUUACAUCAGUACCAACACUGCUCUACACUUUGGGGAGAAGAAAGGCAAGAAAGGAGCUUCAUUCCAAAUGGUUGCAUCUCUGCAUAAAGAAAACCUAAAUAAGUUGAUGACUAACCUGAAAUCAACAGCACCUCAUUUGAGAUGCAUAAAUCCCAAUGUGAACAAAAUGUCAGAUGUAAUGGAUGCUUAUUUGGUUCUAGAGCAGCUACGCUGUAAUGGUGUCUUGGAAGGGAUCAGGAUAUGCAGUGAAGGUUUUCCAAACCAACCGCUGUAUGCUGAUUUUAAACAAAGGUACUACAUUCUGAACCAAAGGGCCUUUCCAAAGAGCAAGUUUGUGAGCAGCAGAAAAGCAGCUGAAGAAUUACUUGGCUCCUUGGAGAUAGACCAUACACAGUACCACUUUGGAAUCACUAAGGUGUUUUUAAAAGCCGGCUUUCUGGGCCAACUGAAAGCAGUGAGAGAUGAGAGACCAUCUAAAGUCUUUACAUUGUUCCAAGCCAGGGUACGGGGAAAAUUGAUGCAAAUCAAAUUCCAGAGGAUUCUGGGAGAGAGGGAUGCACUUCUUUUGAUCCAGUGGAACGUAAGAGCUUUCAUGGCUGUGAAGGGCUGGCCGUGGAUGAGGCUCUUCUUCAAGAUCAAGCCUUUUGUUAGAUCUGCUGGAAUGGGAAAGGAGGUAGCUGGACUGAAGGAAGAGUGUGUGCAGCUGCAAAAAGCGUUGGCGAAAUCAGAAUCUCCGAGGGAGGAGCUGAAAGCCAAGCAAAUAUCCCUACACCAGGAAAAGAAUGACUUGCUUCUUCAGCUGCAGGCUGUGCAAGAGACCCUGGCAAAUGCUGAAGAGCAGUGCGAGUCGCUGAUUAAAUCCAAGAUCCAGCUGGAGGCCAGCGUCCAGGCGCUGCCUGCGUUGGGUUGGGGGGAGGAAGAAGAGGAGGUAAAUUCCCAGCUGACUGCCGGAGGGCGGAGACUCGAAGAUGAAUGUUCCGCGUCGAAGAAGAAAGAAAUCGAUGACCUGGAGACACUAUUGGCAAAGUCACAGAAGGAGAAGCGUGCUUCAGAGUACAAGGUUAAGAAUCUGACUGAGGAGGUGGAGUCUCUCAGUGAGGACGUCAGCAAACUUCAGCGAGCAGCCAGGGCGCAGGAGGCCUGCCAGCGGACCCUGGAGGACCUGCACGCGGAAGAGGAGAAAACCCUCACCCUGAGCAAAACCAAGCUGACACUAGAGCAGCCAGCGAACGAGCUUGAGGGUGCCCUUGAACAGGAGAGCAAAGCGAGAAUGAACUGGGAAAAGGAAAGGUGCAAACUGGAGGGCGAGGUAAAGCUGAACCGGGAAAGCAUGGAGGACCUGGAGAGCAGGCAGCUGCAGCUAGCAGGAAAGCUGAGGAGGAAAGAAUUAGAAAUGAAUCAGAUGAGCUCAAAGGUGGAGAAUGAGAAAGGCCUGGUGGCUCAUCUUCAGAAGAUGGUUAAAGAGCUCCAGGCUCAGAUACAGGUUUUGAAAGACGAACUGGAAGCUUAAAGGACCACUCAAGCCAAGGUAGAAAAGGAGAGAACUGACCUCAGAGAGCUGGAAGACCUGAAUGAGGGGCUGGAGGAGACAGCAGGGGCCAGUUUGGCUCAACUGGAAAUAACUAAGAAACAAGAAACAAAAUUCCAGAAGCUCCGCUGAGACAUGGAAGAGUCCACACUGCACUUUGAGGCAACCUCUGCCUCUUUGAAGAAGAGGCAUGGAGACAGCCUGGCUGAGCUGGAGAGCCAGGUAGAAAAUCUACAACAGGUUGAGCAGACACUGGAAAAAGACAAGAGUGACCUGCAGCUCAAAGUGAAUGAUGUCCUGACCCAUGUUGAGCAGAUGACCAGAGCUAAGGGUAAUGCUGAGAAGCUCUGUAGUCUGUGAGAGCACUUGAAUGAAGAAAAUGCAAAACUAGAUGAAGUGACUCAGUUGGCAAAUGAUCUGACAGCACAGAAAACAACGCUACGGAGUGAAAAUGGUGAGUUCCUAAAAAGGCUAGAAGAAAAGGAAGCUCUGAUAAACCAACUUUCCAGGGAAAAUAUUACCUUCACUCUGCCGAUUCAAGAUCUGAAAUGGCAAUUGGCAGAAGAGACCAAAUCACAGAGUGCCCUGGCCCAGGCCGUGAAGUCGGCCAAGCGUGACUGUGACCUGCUAUGAGAGCAGUACCAGGAAGAACAAGAGGCCAAGGCUGAGCUGCUCUGGGCCCUGUUCAAAGACAAUGCUGAAAUUGUUAAGUGGAGAACCAAGUAUGAAGACGACACCAUCCGGAGCACUGAGGACUUGGAGGAUGCCAAGAAGAAGCUGGCAAUUCGGUCGCAGGAGGCUGCCGAAGCCAUGGGGGUGGCCCAUGCCAGAAGGGCCUCCCUGGAGAGGGCCAGGCCCCGACCGUAGCUCGAGCUCAGGGACACCCUGUCGCAUCGUGGGAAGGCGCACCGCGCGGCCGCUGCGCUGGACCGGCGGCAGCAGCACUUCAACCAGUGCCUGGACGGCUGGAGGCGGGAGCACGAGUAGCCUCAGGCGAUGCCCGACGCGCCGCAGGAGGCCCGGGCCCUCAGCGCCCGGCUCCACGAGCUCAGGCACACCCACGAGGAGAGCGCCGCGAGCCAGCGGACCCUCCGGAGGGCGAACAAGAACCUGAAGGAAGAGAUUUCUAAUCUGAAAAAUCAGAUGAAAGAAGGAAAGAAGAACUUAAGUGAAAUGGAAAAGAUCAAGAAGUAGAUUGAACAAGAAAAGACUGAAGUCCAAAUGGCAUACCUCGGAAGAGGCCGAGCUCUGGAACGCAACGAAAGCAAGAUUCUUCGUCUGCAGCUUGAACUCUCAGAAACUAAAGCGGAAAUUGAAAGAAAGCUUUCAGAGAAAGAUGAAGAGAUAGAAAAAUGUAGGAGGAAGCAGCAGUGUGCUAUUGACUCCCUGCAGUCGAGUCUGGAUUCUGAAAUUCGGAGCAGAAUUGAGGCCACUGGGCUGAAGAGGAGCAUGGAAGGGGACCUCACUGAGAUGGAACUCCAGCUCAGCCGUGUCAACCUCCAGGUGUCAGAGGCAACCAAAUCCCUGGGCCAGCUUCAGAUCCAGAUCAAGGACCUUCGGGUGCAGCUGGAGGACAGCACACGCCUGAACAGUGAGCUGAAGCAGCAGUUGGCGGUGGCCAAGCUGCGUAACGCUCUUCUCCAGGCUGAACUCGAGGAGCUGAGGGCCUCGCAUGAGCAGACUGAAUGCGGGCGCAGGCUGGCAGAGGAAGAGCUCCUGAAAGCCACAAAAAAGAUCAAUCUUUUCCACACCCAGAACACGAGUCUCCUCAGCCAGAAGAAGAAACUGGAGGUUGAUGUUGCCAGGAUGCAGAAGGAAGCUGAAGAGGCGAUGCGAGGGUGUCGAAGUGCAGAAGAGAAGGCCAAGAAGCCACCUACAGAGGUGGCAAACAUGUCAGAAGAACUGAAGAAGGAGCAAGAUACCAAUGCCCGCUUGGAGAGGAUGAGAGAGAACAUGGAGCGGAGAGACUUACAGGAAAGGCUGGAUGACGCUGAGCAGACUGUCGUGAUAGGGAAUAGAAAGCAAAGCCAGAAACUCGAAUCCAGGGUCUGUGAACUGGAUGGUGAACUGGAAAGCGAAGUCCGACGCAUCGCGGAGGCCCAGUGGGGAGCCCGCAGGUUUGAGCGAUGCAUCAAAGAGCUGACCCACCAGGCAGAGGAAGGUAAGAAAAAUAUGAGCAGGAUGCAGACUCUGAUGGAUAAUCUUCGGCUAAACGUACAAAGUUAUAAGCAGGAAAUCGAGGCAGUGAUAACAGAAGCUAGUCCAUAACUUUCCAAGUAUAAGAAGCAGCAACAUGAGUAGAAUGAAGCUAAGUAAAGGGCAGAGAUAGCCGAAUCUCAAGUUAAUAAGCUCAAGAUUAAAGCAAAAGAGUUUGGGGAAAAGGUACGGCAGAUAUUCAGCUCUGCUCUAACUUUUAAAGCAUUUGUGUUUCAGGUUCAUGAAGAACGACCAGUCCUUGUUUAUAAAGGAAAGAGGCUGGAGAAGUACAAGGAGAAUCCUCGCCCGGCAGGUAUGCAGCUCCAUGGCAAUGGGCGCCAGCUUAUCAUCUUACACGUCACUCACAGUGUUGACUUUGGAGGCCCUGAGAGACUGCAUGGGGUCCAGUUUGUUCUUAUAAAUUCCAGUCCAUCCUCAGUCCGUGUCCAGCUGUCCUUCCUGGCCGCUGGCACAACUGACCGACAGCGACCUCAGGCCCAGCACCAGAUGCAGAGGAGACAGCCUGGUGCAGACUCCUUCACCAGUGCCCACAGCUCUAUAAUGUUGAAUCUCUGUGAUAAAUCCUUAUUUUGUCGUUCUCAGCAGUCUGCCUCUCUGAUCCAACCUGCUUCACACAGGUGGCUCUAA